UGUUUAAUUAAGUGCGCUUGACCCGGAUGUAACUGAUUGAACUAACGUUAAUAUUCACAGAGGGACUUUUAUUCUAAUCUUUAAUUUAAUUUUACUUUAAACGUUUAAUGUUGUUUCAACUCUUCCGGUUAGCUUAGCCGUUAGCUUAGCUUCCUACAGAGGAAGAAGAAGCAGUUCUUUGACACGGUCCAACAUGGAGGACAUGUACAUUAAACCAGGUAACCAGGAGCGGGGUUGGAACGACCCUCCUCAGUUCUCAUACGGCCUUCAGAUGGCCCGCGGACCUCAGAGGAACCUCCUGAACAAAAGAGCGGCUCCAGCAGCAGCUUCAGGUGAAGGAGCUCCACCCAUGACUCCUCCCUCCUCCAAUCCUCUGGCUCCGCCUCCAGGUGGGGUAGCCCUGCCCCCUCUGCACCCAGCUCGUCCUCCUCCAGGCUGCGUGGCCACGCCUCCUCCUCUAGGACCAAUGAGAAGCCAGAGAGAGGCCGACAGCAGCCAAUCAGAGAGUGAGCCUGACGUAGACGCCGUGGUGUCGGUGUUGAACCGAGCGCUCGCUGCCUGCAGACAGACGGUUAAAGAUCAGGUGUGUAACGAUGUGGCCAAGAGGCUCCACCUCCUGGAGGACAGCUGGAGGUCAGGUAGACUGAGCCUUCCUGUUCGGAGACGCAUGGACAGCCUGUCGCUAGAGCUGCAGACGGGUCACUGGGACUCUGCUGAUGAGAUCCAUCGCUCUCUGAUGGUCGAUCAUGUGACUGAGGUCAGCCAGUGGAUGGUCGGCGUCAAACGACUCAUCGCAGAGACCCGAAAACUGAGUCCAGAACUCUUAGAACCACUUCAGAAACCCUCAGAGCCGAGCCAGGACCCUGCAGACCCGGUCCAGGACCCACUCUCUCAGUCCUGACUCAGUGAACUUUGACUCUUUUAAAAACAUCUUCAUCUGGGGGUCAAAGGUCGGAUGGGUACACUACAAGACUCUCCUUAGCAACAGCCUGGCAACCAGCCCUGACCCCGUCUCUCUGACCUGUAUGAGGUCAUGUGAUGUUUCCACCAAUCACAGCCGAGCUUUUUAUUGGAUGAUGAAUAAAUCUUCUUUCUUCUU